AACAUAGAGCAUCUUCAUCAACACGCUGUUAAUCUAGCUAGUUAGUUAGCUUAGCUGGCUAGGCUAGCUCUGUAAUUAGCUUGAGUAAACACUGGUAGGUAGCUGCAGAUUAGCUCGCUGGUUUCGCGUUUGUUUUUGAGCGUGAAUACCAACUUUUGCAGUCCGAAUAUACUUAUCUACAACAACACAACCAUCUUUCUGAAUGACAGAAGGCUAUCGUAACGAAGGGACAAAACUGUAUUUAAGGCUGUAUCUGUAUUGUCAGGUCAUGUUUGUGAGAGGCAGCGAUUGGACAUGAGCUAAUGCUAACAAAGCUGGAGACUCUCCUUUAGUAUCUUAUUAUUCGCUGCUUGUGUUUUGUACAUAAUUAAUUAAAGACAUCAAAUUAGACUCGUCGGGCCUCUGGUUAAACGUUUUGAAUUAGCUGGGUCUCAUUAAUGACGUGUGGUGACAUUGAUCCCAGCUACAACUCAACGAUGCACAAAGUUUUUGUUAAUUCUUGAAAGGCAAAUUGAAGGACCACAGUCUUCCUAACUCUGGUGAGAGAUGUUGAGCCAGCGGCGUGGUAUCCAUCUGGACCAGUCCGAGCUGCUUUGCAAGAAAGGAUGCGGUUUUUAUGGCAACACAGCUUGGCAAGGCCUUUGCUCAAAGUGCUGGCGAGAGGAAUAUCAGCGAGACAGACAAAAACAGAUUCAAGAAGACUGGGCACUUGCUGAGAGGCUGCAAAGAGAGGAAGAGGAAGCGUAUGCAAGUAGAAAUCAGAAGGCCCAACCACAGCCCUCCAUCACACCCUUCAGCAAGUUUGAGGAAAGGAAAACAAAGGAGAAGUCCAGCAAGGUCAACACAGUCACAAAGUUUUUUACUCCUUCCACAAAAACACCGCCAAAAAAAGAUGCUUCUCCUUUUGAUGCUCAGUCCAGCCCAAGCCCCAGCUCGUCAGCAAGCCGGCAUUCCUCUGUGGACACUGACCACGCAACGCGGGAGUUCAUUGAUUUUCUCAAGCCUCUGAAGUCUGGCAGGGAGAUCUUCAAACAGUGCCGGGCCUUCACUGAGAGUAUGGCCUAUAAGCGGGACAUGGGUGCUGACGAGCUGUCAGAGUGUGUACAGGACUUUUACCAGAACCUCUCAGAACGCCUCCAGACCCAAUUCAAAGGUUCAUCAGAGCAUGUAGAGAGCGUUAUGGAUGAAGUAGAGAAGUACAUGAUGACUCGUCUCUACAAGGAAGUCUUCUGUCCUGAGACCACAGAUGACGAGAAGAAAGACCUGGCUAUUCAGAAGAGAAUCAGAGCCUUGCACUGGGUCACCAUUGAGAUGCUGUGUGUCCCUGUAGACGAGGAGAUCCCUGAAGUGUCUGACAGUGUGGUUAAAGCCAUCACAGAUGUGAUCGAAAUGGAUUCCAAGCGUGUGCCCAAGGACAAGCUGGGGUGCAUCACUCGUUGCAGCAAGCACAUCUUCAAUGCCAUCAAAGUCAGCAAGAAGGAGGCAGCGUCUGCAGAUGACUUCCUCCCCACACUCAUCUACAUUGUGCUGAAGGCAAACCCUCCACGGCUUCAGUCCAACAUCCAGUACAUCACCCGCUUCUGCAACCCCAGCAGACUCAUGACUGGAGAGGAUGGUUACUACUUCACUAACCUGUGCUGUGCAGUGGCCUUCAUUGAGAAGCUGGAUGGCCAAUCUCUGAACCUGAGCUCUGAGGAGUUUGAGCUCUACAUGUCGGGCCAGGCAUCCCCCAACUGGCCUCAGGCUGCUGGAGCUUCCUCCUGCUCCCCAGGCAGCACACCUCUCAGUCAGGUCCAUAAACGACUGGACCUGCUAACAGGGCUCGGGGAAAGGCAAGACCGUGUCAUGGAGAAGGCUCGCCAGCUGGAAAACGACCUCAUCGACUGGACGGACGAAGUGGAGCAGAAGGUGCAGAACGUUCUGCAGAGUUUCCCACCAGAGACGCAAAACCCUACCCCAACCACGGCUACUUCGACAUCCGCAUCUUCAUCAGCAAUCGACUCUGAUAAUGUUGAGAAUGAGCUCCUGCCGCCACCACUGCAACCGCAAGUGUUUGCUGGUUGAUGUGAAGAGCUCUGCCCUAAAUUUAAAAAAAAAUCCCUCUAGAUGCUUUACUCCACCCUCCCCCUUUUCCCGGCUGUUAAACUUUGCUGUCCGUAUGCACAUACAGCCAUCUUUAUUCCAUCCAUCGUCCAGGUCCAGGCUGUGGACAGCGGCAGAAAACUAGAAGCCCUGAAACUACAUUGAACAGUAAUUGUACAUUGGAAUUAAAGCAAUAGUUAAGAAUUUGGGGAAAUACUCUUAUUCACUUUCUUGCCAAGAGUUAGAUGAGAGGAUCAGUACCUCUCUCAUAUCUAGCAAUUAAAUACCAAGCUGGAGCCAAGAGGCAAUUAGCUUAGCAUAAAUCAGCUAGCCUGGCUCUUUCUGACAGUAACAAAAUCCGCCCACUAGCACCCCUGAAGCUCACUAAUAAACGCGUUAUAUCUUGUUCUUGUUUGUACAAAAAUACAAGUGAAAAACAGCAAGUUUCAGUUUUUACAGAGGUCACUUGCCCAGCUAUAUCUUGAGUAUCUGCUGGCUGCCUUGUAAACUCACAGUGAUGACAAGUUUGCAUGAAGUCAUUGUGCAAGAAAUGGUUUUGACGCCCCGUAAAACCACAACUUUUCUUUUUUUACACUCGAGUUUUUGUAUGGAUUAGUGAGCUUUGGAGGUGCUGGCAGGGAGACUUUGUUACCUUUGAACAGAGCCACACAAGCUGUUGCCCCUGUUUUCAGUCUCUAUGCUAAACUAAACUUACUGCCUCCUGGCUUUAGCUUCAUGAUAGAUGGAGAAACAUAAGUGGUAUUGAUCGUCUCACCCAAGUCUAAGUAAAAAACUGAUUAAGUAUAAAACUGUUCCUUGAAUAUCAGACUAUAUGAGACGAAAAGUCCCAGAGUCAGCGCUGUAAGGGCAAAUACACUCCAAAUAUUUUGUCCUGGUUGCACAGAGAAAGAUCCGGUGCAUUCUGAUGCUGUUUGAGUUUCAGUGCAGUUUCAGGAUAAGCAGGCUACUGCAAACGUCCUUAGCCCAGCUAUGUCCUCCAGAACUUUCUGGAAGUUCUAGAGGCGUUUUCCUAGACUAUUUGGGAAAUCUAAUCCCCUCAGAGCAUUUUCUGACUGUUGCUUCCUCCAAUGGGAUAUGCAGGGAAACCUUCCACAGCGUGGCGUCCAGGAGACAUCCUGAUAAGAUGCCCAAACAACCUCACCUGGCUCCUUUUUAAUACAAAGGAGCAGUGGCUCCACUCCAAGCUCUUCCCGAACAUCUCUGUUGGUCACCUACAACAGCAUCUUCAGUACCUCAGUACUUAAUUAUCUUAGUUGUUGUUUGUGCAAACAGGAUAGAUGGUUGGAUGUGAUUUUUAGACAUGUUUCUGUCAUUAUUCACAUCUUUUCAGACAAAGGUUUUUGUCAUUAUGUUGAGGUAUCUCCAGGUGUGUGGGUAGUGUGUGUGUCUGAGUGUGUGUGUCUGAUUGUCAUGUUGACAGGUAGAACUUUACAGCCCAAGUAACAUCUGAAAACAGCAGCAGUAACUUUCAGUAAUAAUAUGGUUUAAAGGAAAUGGAGAAAGCUGAAUGAUCUGAAAUUUAACUUCCUCCCACUAAAAUAACCCUUCACUUCAUGCUCGUGAUUUGUAUCAUAUUUACUGUGUAUUUCCCUGUCCUGCGGAGAAGUGCGUGUGAGUGUGUUGCAUGGAAAUGUUCCAUUAAUGUUGAUAAGUCAUAAGUCCUCCAGUUGUGUGUGAGUAACAUAGUCUUGUCUCAUGCCAGACCUCUCACUACAGUCAUAAGCUGGAUGUACAGAAGUGAUUUUAUUUUUCUAUAGAGUGGCAGGUAUCAAUUCCUCUGGAUGCAAUCGGAGACAUUAAUCCUGUAAUAUUUACAGUAGUACUCUUGUCAUAGAACAUUGCUUGAAGAUGUAUUACAUGAAUUGUAAUGAUUGAAUAGGAAGUGAUAAAAGCUUUCAUCUAGUCAUUUAUCCUCUUAAGAGGGACUCUUAAUAAGUAUGUCCCAUCAAAGAAAAAAAAAUCUGUUUUUAGGUGAAUUAAUUCUUUGUUGCUGUUAGAUUGGUAGAUAAGAAGACAAAGAUGAAGAUAUGAAAUCACUCCUUAAGGCCUGUUGUUUUACCGGUGCAGAAGAAUCAACACAACAGGUUUAACUUAUUUUGAAGCACUUUUCUUUUGUUUGAUUUUAAAGAUCUUAAUUCUGAUUUAAUGAAGGAGAAUUGGUGUACUUGAGAUGAAAGGAUACUUUGAAAAUAGUGUUGUGGACUGUUACCACACAGGCAUAUUUCAGCUGUCUUUGUAUUUGGCAGUCAAAUGUUUGGGGAGAGUUGUAUGUAUGAAAAAAGGUGAAAGGCACAUUUAUUCCCCUUUGCCUCAUGAGCUAAUAUUCCCAUGUGUUGCUUGAAUUGAAUCUUAUUUCUCAUUCAUAUUUGCAACAAGUAUAGUCAGUGUGUGUUUUGCUGUACAAGUUUAAUUUGAGAAAAGGCUUUUAAUGCAAACUUAAUAGCUUGAAUAACUACAUAUUGCACUGUAUGCAGAAGCCAUUUAUCAGGUAUUUUAAAAAGUUUCAAACAUCUUUGUAACCUUAUAGGUUUGUUAUUGUAUCACAUGGGAGAAAGUAACUCAAUGCUGUCUUUUAUUUAAACGUAACUUAUUGGGGCAGUAUUGGUUUAUUUGCAUCUGUGGGUGUGUGACGAUUAAUAAAAAUUGAAAAUGCACGUGCACUCGUGUGCAGUUCCUCUUCAUAAUGUAAUUUCACAUGACUGCACGAAUAGAUUGUGCAAGCUGGGAUUAAAUAAAGAGUUGACUGAGAAUUUAA